AAUCCUAACUAAAUAGACUGGUUUGGUUGGGUUUUGCUUGCUCAGUCGUCGACAGAAGGAAACAAAUUCGAUCUUGGAACAGAUUCGACCCGUUUAAGCAAAUGGAGAAACCAUCAUCAUCAAAAAACUUGGAAGCUUCGUUGCUGCAACUCAUUUCUAAUCACAAUCAAUCUUCUCUCCGUCUCAAACAACACACAGAGAAAGCGAAGAAAGACGCAAUUAGGAAUGCGGUGCGAGUUUCGGAUGUAUUGGUAGAGGCAGUCAACGGAGGUGUGGAGGAGUGUUACAUUAAUCAGAAGCGUAUCGAGCUCGAAAUUCAAGCUUUAGCUUCCACUAUUCUUCGUUUCGCUAAGCAGACUGACCAAUGGCUUGCUGCGUCUCGUUCUCUUAAUAACGCUAUUAAGGAAAUUGGAGACUUCGAGAACUGGAUGAAGACCAUGGAAUUUGACUGCAAAAGCAUCAAUGCUGCCAUCCGCAACAUUCAUCAAGUGUGAUCAAACUUGAAGAUCCAGGUUUCUGAAUCAUUAUGGUGUGGGCUUUCCAAAAACCUAUAUCUUGAUCUAUGUAAUUUCAUGGAUGAGUAUUCUCUAUGUAAAUUCAUGGAUGAGGAAUUAUAGAACAUCGAGACAAGAAACAUAAACACAUUCUGCAGUAUCUCGUGUCUUUAAUGUUCCAAAUGCCUUGUUGGUUGUAAUCUUGUAGAUGACAAGGAGGAUGAAUGUUUUCAUCUGUGGCCUUUGGUGCUGAAAACAAAUUUUCUAGUUCAAGCAAAGAUAUUCAGCGAGUAUAACUAUAUUAUAUAACUAUAUUAUCUUUCAUUGAA